AUGGAAUCUAAAGCACCAAUGAAAGUUUCUAAAUAUUUACUAGUUUUACAAAUUUUUAUUAUAUUGGGGAUAGGAAUAUGUGAGGUUGUACAAUUAGCGGUAAUUGAUUAUUCUCAAAAACCAAUUAUUGAACACACAAAUGAUUGGGAUUACUUGAUUGGUUAUACAAACAGUCCAUUAAAAAUUAUAUUGAAAGUAUAUUAUUGGAUCGUUAUAUUAGCUUCAAUUAUAUUAUUAGGUUUGUCGUUGAAUUCAUUCGAGAAAAGAUGGAAAAAUUUACAAAAUUAUGAUGAUAAACCAAAACAAAUCUUGUUAUUUAUAUUAUGGAGUUUCGCAACUAUACCCAAUGUAAUUAUUUUAUUCUCAACAAGUGGAGUAAGGAUAUGUACACGUUCAACAUUUCCAUACCCUAUAACAACAAAAUUAUUGGAUCAUUGUAACGCUUAUAUUAUAUCGCUUUUGCUUGCUUAUUUAUUUAUUAUCACUUCAAUAAUUCAAGUAUUAUAUCAGAUUAUUAUACUUAACCAUCAAAAGAAAAAUAUUUUACCACCAAAGUUACAAGAGCCAAAGAAAAUGAAAGUCAGAAGGAAUAGACAUGUUAGUAAAAAAAGAAGAUCAACAAGAAGUAUUUUCACUGACAAGAGUAUAAAAUUAAGUACUGUUAAUGAAGAUGAUGAAGAAAUGAAAAGUUCUAAAAGCAGUAAUAGUGGAAUUAGUGGAAAAAGUGGAAGGAGUAUUAAAAGUAAUAAUCAAAUUCAAAAUGACAAAAGUGAUGUUGAAAAUGAUGAAAAUGUCGAAGUUAAUGAUGAGAAAACGGUUUAUUCAAAUGUUUAA